AUGGCUAGCUCCUAUUUUGUAGCGCCGCAACGCAUAGGAGAAAUACUUUACGAGAAGGCAGAGGCGCGGCGGCAGAGAUAUGCAAAUCGACGCGAUUCGCUGGGGGGAACUUCGUCCUAUCGUCCGGGGACAAGCGGCAGUGUAAUGACCAAUAUCUUUCCUGCACGCCAACCACGUAGUGGAAAAUCUGCAAAGAUAACGGUUCAGCCUAGUAGAGUGGCUGGACAGUCAUCUGUACGGCCGCUCAGUGCAGCACAGUCUAAGCAGUUUCAAAGCGCUGCGCUUAUAUUCAGUUCAGAUAAGCACAUGGCAAAAGAUUCCCUCCAAACUUCUCGCUCUUUUGGGCCAGAAGCGAUAGACCUGACUGUCAGAGGCAGAAGGGCGCCUUGCGCUGCCGAGCAUUCAAAGGUAACGGCUUCCUCGCUUAGGAAGGGUGAUUCCAAAGAGUUAACUGUUUAUGUCGACCCAGAUAGGCCUGCAAUGGCUCCAGUUGCGAUAUUACCCACUGAACCCUUGGCACUGCAAGCGCCUGAUUCUCGUGAGUCUCUAGACCGCAGGGAUUCUCUAGCCCUUUCACCUAGCCUAGUUCCGUACUCGCCUGCUCCAGGUGCCGACUUACCCACAUUCCCGAGACCGGAGGAUCAGUCAGAGACCAUAAUGCCCCAGCAAAGAAACAAGAGAAUUCGGCCUUUGAAAAUGGAUGCUUCUGAUACUUCUGAGAAGGAAUGUUCUGAAACUACCGAUAUUUCAUUUGCUAGUUCCAUCAAAGAUAGUCGUAACCAUCCCGAUAGAUCAAGCGCAAAGACACCGGCAAGUAAAGGCCAGGACACCUCUCAUUGUAAUACCAUCCCUGUUCCAGCAAACAGCAGAGAUUGCACUGGCACAAAAGAUCGCUGCAUGCGCCCCCUCUACUCCACGAAUUUACAGCAGCAAAAACUACCCAGAAGCCGCUAUACCCAGGGGCUUUUGCAUAUAACUUCUCAGCAGAAAAGUCAGUUUAAUUCUAAGGGAUUUCUAAUCAACAGUGCACAAAACGAUAGAGAGAUGCAGCUGGAUAUCAAGGCGUAUCGGAAAUUUUGCAAGCAGUUGGUCAUUCUUGCUGCAGAGCAGCAGAAACUAAAGCAGGGGUUAACUAGCAAGACAGACAAUCAAGACGACUAUCCAGAUCUCAACCUUACUCAUGAAGACAUGCAGCGACUGAAGAACAUGGGAUACGAUGUUUCUACUUUUUGCAAGAAACUCCUAACUAUGAGCACUAAAGAACUCACAAAUAUAGAGACAGAAUUUGAGAAAGAACUAGUCAAUCUCCGAAAUAAUGGACUAUUCUCAGGAGAGCGACAACUUAACCAUGAAAAGAUCCAGGCAGAUCUCAAACAACUAGGCAAAGACGUGGAGAUUCCAAAGAUGCGACCAAACUCGGCAAAUUCCGUUGGUCUUUCUACGAAUGACAUGAGAAGCCUAAUUUAUGAACAGCAAACAAACGCGCUUCUCAAACAUUCGCCGUACCAAUAUAACCAGACGCAACCUCAUUCAAAAACAGUCAAGGCAAAGACACAAAGCACCACAGGGAAACAGCGCAACAUAAGAUUCGAUCCAGCUUUGAUUCAGCACGUCGAAAGGAAGCAGGAAGAGUACAAUAGAGUCCAGUCAGAUCUCUACCUCAAUAAGCUCUACAUUAAAAGCCUAAUUGACGAGCAGCUAGCGGAGCUAGGAAAUAUAGAAAGGAUAGACGAGUCUGGGCGAUUAGUACAGUCGAAGCCACUGAUGUCUAUUCGAUCUGUGCAGGCAAUGAAGAAAUUGCCAGAUAGCAUGGUGUUGAGUUCUGCCUCUAUAAUACAUACAGAAAAACAGCCUAGCAUUCCAUCACGGAUCGUGGCAGCAAUUCCCCAAGUAACAAACUCUAAGGCUGAGAAAGAGGUCUCCAAUGAAGUAGCUCAGCUGAAAGAGGUUACACCUUCGAUCUCAUCUGAAUCUAGUAGCGAGUGUUGUGAGUUAAGGAAGACGUUCAGAUCGGCAGGUGAUCACUAUCUCAUGACUAGCUCUGGGCAUUAUGACGUCGAUGCUCCAAUAAAGGAGGAAGGAAAGCCCUACCGUUACAAGCCUAUCGUUGUUACGCAAGACGAAGUCGAAGCCCAUAUUCGAGAGCAAGAACUCACAAAGCAAUGCCUCACUGAGAAACACAUUGCUAGAGAGAAUGAACUUCCAUGCUCACAACAGACCAAGCCCGUCACUCGAAGACAUGUAUUGGACGGGAACCUAGAAGUACUGUACAGGCACCCAAGCACCGAUUCCGGGUUUCUGGAGCAGAACCAGGCCAACUUCCUACGUAAUAAGACGCCAGCUAACUACAAGGAUGUGGUUAAUUACUUCGACAUACUCUCUAAAGCUAAGUCAGCAAGCAGACCCAUCAAGUGCGCUCUUUGUGGAAAGGUCGAGUACAGCGUUUCCAGCGAUGUCGAUGAAGCUACCCAUUGUAUGAGCUGCAAGCAGGUAUUGGCCUUAGGCAGACAUUCCUAA